AAUCUAGGAUGCAAACUGAUCCAAACUCAAAUUAAGAAACUAUUGGAACAAAAACAAUAAUAAUAGUAGUAGUAAUAAAAAAAUAAGAAACCCUAAAAGAAUCUCAUAUAUGUAAUCUUCAACUCAAACUGGUGCAAUCUGUAACGCAGUUUUUCUGAUACACAAUCCGGGGAUUUCUUCAUCUGCAAACGUCUCUUCCAUUCUUCAGACAGUGAUGGGCUAUUCAAAGGAACAGCUUCUUGCGCGAUUAAAGGAGCAUCAAAUUAAAUUUUCCCAGAUUGAGCAUCCAGUUAUAUUGACAGUUGAGGAAGGGGAAAAGUAUGUUGGACAUUUGGGGGGUGGACUGAGUAAAAGUUUGUUUUUGAAGGACAAGAAACAGAGAUUUUAUCUUGUUUCUGCUUUAGUCAAUACCAAAGUAGAUAUAAAAGUGUUAUCUCAGCGGCUGGGUUUAGGAAAAGGAGGUUUAAGAAUGGCGCCUGCAGAGGCUUUAGGAGAAAUACUUCAGGUACCCUUGGGUUGCGUCACUCCAUUUGCAGUAGUGAAUGAAUCAGCGCGAGAUGUUUCACUGUUAUUGGAUCAAGGGUUCAAGACUCAGGAAUUUUGCUUCUUCCACCCGCUGUCAAAUGACAUGUCCAUAUCUUUAAACACCAAUGAUCUUGACAAAUUUCUUAAGUCAAUAGGAAGGGAUCCCGCAUAUGUUGAUUUUGAGGCUAGUCCUACCGUAGGGAAAGACCAUCGACCUGAUCUAGCUGCAUUAGUUCCAUCUGGCUCAAUAGUUUUGGCUGACGAACCAGAAAGGCAAUCUUCAUCACAAGUUCCAAUAGAUGGAAACCAUGUUUCUGUGGGUAAUAAGUCCAAGGUGAUUUCAGAAAAAGUUAUCAAGCCAUCCAUUAGUGAGAAAAAUACAACGGAGAAACUAGUCAACAAUGCACAUUCAUCAAGCAACUUCGCAGAUGUUGAGCUAUUUGUUGAAGAAGUAUUGCAAAAAACAUCAAAAUUGUUGCUUUCAGAGAUGAAGGAAGACACUGUAAAGCAACAUGGAGAGAAUCUAGGCACUGUAGUUUCUGACAAUCUGCGAAAAGGUCUCAGUGCAGAUUUGCAAAACCUUGCUAUGAUAUUUAAGAACACAGCUUACACACAAGGGUUCUAUGCUGGUACUCAACUUCAGUCCAGGCCCUUCUGAAGAUACUAAUGACAUGAAAGUCCCCGGCAUGAAAGU